AUGACGACACCAGAUUUCGGCGAAGCAACGUACGUAAGCGGUCGUCAUGGGAAAAAUCCUGUAUUAGUGUACACUAGUCGGACUGAUCGGAAUAAAGUUUAUGAAUUUAUGAUUGCAUGCAGAUACAAGAUUCCUGGUUUAGUAUCGUGGAAGUGUGUUUCAUGUACGAAGGUGAAGAAUGGUUACCGAAAUUUGGGCGAGAAGUUGACACGCAAAGUCCCGUUAAUUCUAGUGGACAACGACAUUAUCAAGGAGAAUCCUGAGAAACCACUGAACGCUGAGCACUUUUGCAAUGGUAAAGACGCAGUGGACGCCGUGCUCGACAGAGCAAGAAUCGAGUUUGUUCAUCGCCACGGAGAUGAGGAGCCGAACAGCUUGAAAAUCCGCCAAACAAUUCAACUAUUCGCGCGAGAGGCUGCCGCCACAGCUCCAGUUCCAUUGAAUUUAAAAGAGAAAAGGCAUGUACAAAGACAACUCGAUGCAAAAUGCCUUCCACUUUUGCACGGAGUUCAAAAAAGACGGAGGAGACUGAAAGACAAAGAAGCUAGUUUGCAAGAGAGUAAUUUCCAACAUGUCGAGGAAGAAGAAACUCAUCAUGUUCAUGAGCAACAAUCAACUUCUUCUGAUCCUCAUUUACAGCACUCGGAACCGAUUCAAUCCCCACAAGAAGUAAGAGAAGAAAUUGAAGAUUCAGCAGAUCUUCCUAGGAAAAAAGCCCGUAGAUUAAUCAAGCAUCCACAGUACCAAACAUCUUCACAUGCAGUAAUGGUCAGGCCUCUUCCUCCCAUCAACCCUCUAUCCCUUCCCGUCACGAUCUUUCCUAUCAGUAUCAACAACAUCACCAGAACCAAGUGGACUACUACGACAAUUCAGAAGAUGUUCACCAGCCGGUCGACGAUAACGAUGACCUCAUCUCAGGGGACCAACAACAAGUGGCGUAUAUUUUGUUUGGUUUCUCUGCGCCCUCCCAAUUUCACCCAUCCGCAUUCUCUUUCACCAUUCAUCAGCUGGCCGGUCCUUUUGCCUUUUCUUUCCACCUCCCCCCACACAUGUCUAUCCAAUUUUCAAUGCUAUUUUGACAAUUUCACCCAUCUUCUCAACCUUCACUUUCUCUGCCAUAAAGAAAAAUCGUUUCUCCCUCAGUGUUCUUUGUGUCCGUUGUGUGUUCUCUCAAUUGGUUUCAUCAAGCAGCCAUCGUAUCUGUCAAGUUCGAUCCAAGAACCACGCCCGUUUCCAGACAAACCGUAUUAUUGGAUGGACGACUAUGAAACGUUGAAGUACAUUAACAAAAUGUUCCCUGAUGAUGCUUAUUAUAUUAUGCACAAUGGAAAAAUCGUUGAAGACUUCAAAGAAUUCGUCAAUGCGUAUCGUGGAGAUAGUCUUGUCAAGUACUCUUUCCAUCUGAGACUUCGUGGAGGAAAAGGAGGAUUCGGAUCGUUGCUCCGUUCGUUCAGAGUGAAUAAAAGUACCAACAAGUUAAUGAUGAGAGAUUUGAAUGGGCGUAGAAUGGCAUCAGUUGAUGAGGAAGCAAAAUUGAAACGGUAUUUGGAAAAGCAAGCAAGAAAAGAACAGGAAUUGAAGGAGAAACGAAAAAUCAAGCUUGCAAAACUGACAGCUGGCCCGGCAAAACAUCAGUUUGAAGACCAGGAUUAUUUGUCUCGCCGCGAAGAGAUCCUUGAGAAAACCGGAGAUGCUGUUGAAGCUGGAUACGCAUUGAUGCUGGAAAGACAAAGACAAUCAAGAGCAUCUAAAGAGCAGGAGAAGGAUGAUUUGGAUGAUGAUGGAGAGGAUGCAGAAGACGUUACAGAUCUAUUCAAUGAGAGAGGGGGACUCAAGAGAAAAAUCGCUGCGCCAACGGUUGGAGAUGAGGACAAGAAGAGAGUUGAAGACGAAAGCGAUGGAGACGACAGCGAAGAUGAUUCGGAGAAUGAACCAGAUCCAGAGGAGUUGGAAGCAAUUCGGAGAUAUUUCGAGGAGAAGCAACAAACUGAAAAAGAGGACAAUGGAGAAGGGUCAUCCACGGAUGCAGCACAAGAGGAACCGGAACCAGCAAAACGUCCCAGACUUGAUAGUGCAUCAAACAUUGACGAUCUUCCGAAGAUUGAUGUGAAAACUCCAUGCGAAUAUGGUCCAAUUGAACUAGCUGAUUACACCAGUGCCGAAGAUCUAGAGCUUCUUGGCCUCGAACAUCUCAAAAGUGCUCUGAACGAUCGCGGACUCAAAUGUGGAGGAUCUCUUUCCGAACGGGCUGCUCGCCUGUGGUCUGUGAAAGGAAAGGCUCUUCGUGAAUGGCCAAAGAGUAUUUUGACUCUGGAAUUAAAGAAAAAGGUGGCAGAAGAAGAGGAAGCCGAACGCAAAGCUGCCAAGAAAGCCAAGAAGGCGAAGAAAAAUUGA